AUGGCGUUUCUAGACGCCUUCAAGUUUGGCAAGGGCCCCUGGGAUCCGUCUCAUCGCUAUGAGACAUCCUGGCUUCUACCGCCUUGGCUCCUGUUCGCCUGCCGUGCUCUGUUUUCUCUCUACGCCUUCGUGGACCUCUUCUUCACCCUCGGCUGGACCUGCACCCACGCCUCCGCCGGCGGCUGCCAGACCGCCCGCCGCACCUUUUCCUACUUCACCGUGCUCACCUACUGGGGCAUCGCCUUCUACUUCGCCGUCUCCGCCACCCACACGCUCACCUACAUCCUCUCCCGCGGCCGCUCCUCCCUCCUCGCGCGCCUCCCGCGCCCCCUCCAGGCCCUGCACGCCCUCUACUACACCUCCGUCACCACCCUGCCCUUCCUCGUCACCGUCGUCGCCUGGACCCUGCUCUUCACGGGCCGCUGGUUUCCGGAGACCUACGACGCCUGGAGCAACGUCAGCCAGCACGCGCUCAACAGCGCCUUUGCCCUCUUCGAGCUCGUCUUCGCCCGCGCGGCCCCGCCCCCCUGGGUCCACGUCCUCGGGCUGAUCCUCAUCCUGCUCGGCUACCUCGCCGUCGCCUUCAUCACCGUCGCGGACCAGGGCUGGUACACGUACAGGUUCCUCGACCACGACAAGGUCGGUGGGCGCGGCUUCGUCGCAGCGUACAUCUUGGGCAUCGCGGUCGGCAUCAUCGUCAUCUUCGCACUCGUCUGGGGCCUCAUCCACCUCCGCGUCUGGGUCACGGAGAAGAAGCUCGGCAUGGAGGGCAAGUUUGUUGCUGAGACGAACACCGCUGAGGAGACGGAUCUAGAGCGAGGGACGACGCAGGAGACAAAGGAGCAGGAGAGGAAGGGAUAG